GCUUCAAUGAGCAGUGAACGAAUUGGAUUCGCGUAGGACCGCGAUGUAUAGCUCCACCAAAAUGUGGGAAUUGCCUGUAAAAAUCAUUCUAAAGUGUGAAAGACUUGUAGUUUAAAGUCAUAGCAGGAUCAUGGCACUAAGUUCUAACACCAAAAAACUCUUUAUAAGGAUUUUAUUGUUUCUAGUUUACCUCCUUCUYGGUGCGGCGAUAUUUUAUGGUAUAGARCAUGGAAAUGAGGAAAAACUUAAAGACAGCAACAACUUUGCCGUUCAAUAUAAAAACUUCACCGAUCACUACAAAAUCAGCAAGGAGGACAUGGUYGAAUUUAUAGACGAAUUACAAAAAGCUUUAAAACUCGGGUAUAAUGUGUCUGAGGAACGCUGGACGCAGUACAAUCGUUGGGAUUUUAUGAACGCUUUCCACUUUGCUGGUAAUGUUGUAACAACAAUAGGRUAUGGUCACAUUACUCCAGUGACGGUGAUCGGACAGAUUAUAUGCAUAUUUUAUGCCUUGCUUGGGAUUCCACUCACUGGUCUCACGCUUCGGUCAAUUGGUAACAGAAUCUCAGAAUACAUUGCUGCAAAUAUAAAAAGCUUGGACCGAAGAAUUUACAACAGAGAGACUGAAAAGUUAGAAAUCAAGACUGCUGUUGUAGCUUUUGGUUGCCUYCUUCUGAUCAUACUUAUUCCAGCAAUUGGGUUUUCACAGAUAGAGAAAUGGCAGUAUACAGAAGCUGUGUACUUUUGUUUUGUCACUUUAACGACGAUUGGAUUCGGGGAUUUUGUUCCUGGAUCGUACGAAACGCGUCGUCGUUAUGGAGAAGCACUUUAUGUGCUACUGGAGUUUUUGAACCUAUUUUAUAUGGUACUCGGUUUGGCUGUAAUGUCUGGCGUCAUUGUUUCGAUUAGUGGUGUAAUAGAAGAAAAAACAAAGAACUUCGGAGUAGACCCGCUAGAAGCUUUGAAAAAUAUUCGGGUUGAAAAUUUGAACUCAAGAGCCUUGAAGAAGCUCGGCUACAAAAUGGGCCCUGGAGGUCCCCAAGGUGGCACUAUGAACCAUGACAUGGAUCGGCCUAGGGCAAAUAGGCUCCCUCCAAAAUUGGCCCCAAGGAGUAUAWCGGGGACUAACAACACAAUGGAACGAAGUCGUUCGGCUGAGACAAUGGAGUUUCAGGGGCCGACGCCUGUAAUGUAUCUAAAUAAAAGGACUGGGAAUGACCCAAAUUCGACGGAUAAUGUCAACACAGGAAGCCCACCUACAUCUAAAUUAUUUAAUAAUAAAAUAGCACCUGUAACAUUACCAGAAAGUUAUACAAAUAACGCCGACAACCCGAAUAAUAAUACCGACGCACGAAAGUCUUCCGAUGAUAACUCGACGAGUACGGAAAGUGCCGAAGAGGCACGAGCGAGCGACGAAGAUAACGAAGUCGCAAAGACAAUGAACGGUUCUGUUGAAAUUCGGCAGGAGGCAGAAUUAGACGGUUUAGAGACGUUUUGCGAGGAACCGAAGAAUAAUUUGGUUGUGCAAGUACAAGUUACUCCAAUGCCUUCACCGAGGGAGUCACCAGUUCCCGCUCGGUCAUCAUUUGACAGCAUACCGCUGGCACAAGUGAAAUCUGGCGAAGCAGACUCGGAACCCAUCGAAACUUAUGAAGGAAGCAUAGAUUCUGCGUCACACCCUUUUCAAAURGAUCGAACAGAUUCUUUAGAAGAUGAUUCAAAAUUGGGCGAGUUCUCUGAAAGCGGGGACAGCAAGAACACUUCUAUAUCGCAAACGGAUGAGUUAAAAAAUGGGAAAAAUACUUUCCAUAAACCUAGAACUAAAGAGCUCACUACUGAUCCGUCGAGGGCAAGAAAUGGCUUCAUUUCGAAAUCAAWWCAAACUAAACCAGUUAUGAAAAAAGCCGGAAAUGGACGAAUAUUCAGAACUAUUGAAAACAUUGAUUUAGGCGACAAAUCAGUUACAAAGAGAUAGCAUGAGAUCUGAAUGCAUGUCCCACAUGCUGAAAUAUCUCGUCUAAUAUACCGAUKUGACGUCACGUGACGACCGCAGUCAGCUAUGUCAGCGGCAUCCACUUGGAAGUCAUCGUUGAAUUGAUAAAUUCUUCACCGCCCGCUAUUCAUGCAUCGUGCUAGUAUUAUUUUUAUAAUAUGAAUUACAAGUUUUCAAGACAACUUCGGAUCAGCAAUCAAUGGCUUCAGCGGUUUACCAAUUCGACGCAUGCUGGUGACUUCAAGCUAUGACGUGUUCCCAACUGGUUUGGCGCAUGCGUUUUCCAUUUGAAUGUGCGUUCAUUCGUUUCAGCGGUUUACCAAUACGACGCAUGUGCAAUGUCCAUUUAAUGUAUGAUAGAAUCGUCCAACUGGCUUGGAUCACACGUUUCAAAUGCCCAACAAUGUGAUAAGAAUGCACAAAAAUCACCUUCAGAAAACAUUUUUUCAGCAAGUUUCAGCGGCCUUAAUUAUCAAUGCAGGACYUCGUCGUAUUGUUUUUCUACCUUGAACUUUUCUAAGACAUUUCUAUUUAUAUUACACCUAUAGGUAGCACAAACCACGUGAMCAGAUCACAUGAUUAUAUAAGCACAAUCYAGCACUAUUUUCUGGGUCACCUCGCUCAUACAUUAAUCACAUGAUCGUUUAUCACGUGAUUUAUCACGUGAUUCUAGAUUAUUCGUCCAAUUACACACAUUAUUUUAAAGCCUUUUUCUGGAUGGUCAAAAAUGAGUUUUUUUCGUCGGCACAGCAGUCUUUUKCAACUAAAACCUCCUGACAGUUGACUCACUGUUUCGCAUUGUAGAUUUUUAUAUUGUCAAAACGCCACGCUUAUAGGUAAAUAAUUUCAGAAUUUAAGUAACACUUGAAUAUUUCAAAACUGACACACUGCACAGUGUUUUUCACGACAAGGAUUGGAAAUUGGCAAACUCGCUCAGUUUUUGAGCAGCCAUGUUGAAAGCUAGCUUUUCCUAGCAAAAUUUAAUUUGUUUUAAACUUAUCAAUAUAAUAACGCCGUUAAACCAUACUUAUUUCAAAAGAUUGAUUUUUGUUUUUAGGACUUGUGUUAAAAACAACUGUUCACCAUUCUCGAUAAAUGUUUUGCAGGCGAAUAAAUGGGUCGGCCAUUUUAGAUGCUGUCAAAGAUGGCGGCCGUUGAGUCCUCCAAUCGAUCAUYUAAAAAAAUUUUAUCAACAAGGAACGGCCAAAAACCUACAAAAGGUAAUUGCAAUAAUUUUUCAAAGUUUUUCGCUCUCGCAUGGAACACUCAAUACCGCCAAACAAAAUAUUCAUGAAUAUUUUCAAAGAAAAUAGGAUUCAUUUGUAAAAGAAUUGGUUUUUUCAUUACGAAAACAAAACUAAUUUUUUUUCGCUUUUCAAUUCAUGUCGUGCAGAGAAUAUAGCAAUUAUAUUCGAUAGCCGUUGUAGAAAUUCUAUCUGGAUUCAUUAAAAUUGGUCUAACGGACAUGAAAAGAAAAAAUAUUUUCAUAAAGUUUAUGUAAACAGGCCACGUAGUGUAAACACGUCUUUUGCCGACGCGACACUUGUAAUAGGACAUAACUGAAAAUUGCUUCGCGAAAUUAGAUUCAAUUUCCAAUUAAAAACAUAUCAAAGAAUUGUAUAUCAUUCGUGCGGGAUCCCUUUGCUUUUUAGUUUUGGGCUUCCUUUAGCGAA